GAGAACCCGCAGGCCGUGGAGCAGGAUGACGUCGACCUGCCGCCAGGGUCGCUGACAGACGCAGGCCUGGAAACGGCCAAAGCGUUCGGCAUCACAGCUUCCAGCAAUGGCCACACCGUCGAGAGGAGUCGCACCGAAGCCGGCCCGGCGAUCGCGCCCGGCUCGCGCGUCGUUGUGCAUGGAAUUGUGGCGCAGCCACACUUGAACGGCCAGUUCGGCACGGCCGUCGAGUUCGACGAGGCCGAGGGGCGCUGGAAGGUCGCGAUGGAUGACGGGGGCGGGAAGAUGCUGAGGCCAGGGAACCUGGCGGCCUGUGGCCAGGCCGACGGGCAGUCCGCGGGCUUCGCACCGGCGGCGCCCGCUGCCGCGCCCGCGGGCGGCAGCGCGGCCGACGCGGCCUGCGGGGUGAUCUCGCCGGGAGAUCUCGCGUCUUCGUGGCUGGCGUCAGGGCGCAGCCGCACUUGA